UAAAAAGCAAGCUUCUGAAUUAAUUUCUGCUCAGCCUACACAUCAUCCAUCCCAGUCACCAGCACAACUUCAAAUGCAAUUACAACAUGAACUGCAACAGCAAGCUGCAUUCUUUCAGCCCCAGUUUCUAAACCCUGCAUUUUUGCCUCACUUUCCCAUGACACCAGAAGCAUUGCUGCAAUUUCAACAGCCUCAAUUCCUUUUUCCAUUCUACAUACCUGGGACAGAAUUUAGCCUGAGCCCAGACCUGUGUUUGCCUAGUUCUGCCACAUUUGGUAUGCCUGGAAUGGCAGGGAUGGCAGGAUCACUGCUAGAAGAUUUAAAGCAGCAGAUACAAACUCAACACCAUGUUGGACAAACGCAACUACAAAUCUUACAGCAACAAGCACAACAGUAUCAAUCAACACAACCCCAAAUUCAGUCACAAAAACAGCAUCAGCAAAGUAGCAAACUAAUGAAACAGGAGCAAAAUAGUCUAGUAAGUGCAGACUGUCAGCUGAUAAAGGAUAUGCCAUCAUAUAAAGAAUCAGAAGAGAUUUCUGAGAAACAAGAAAAGCCAAAGCAAGAACUGACAAAUGAAAGUGAAGGACUAAAGGAGAGCAAAGAUAUGAAGAAGCAGAAAUCCUCAGAACCAACCAUUCCACCACCUAGAAUAGCUUCUGGAGCUAGAGGAAACGCAGCCAAAGCUUUGCUGGAGAAUUUUGGCUUUGAGCUAGUUAUUCAGUAUAAUGAAAACAGACAAAAAGUACAGAAAAAAAGUAAGACCAGUGAAGGUGAAAACAUUGACAAACUGGAAUGUGGAACAUGUAGUAAACUAUUUUCUAACAUUCUUAUUUUGAAGAGUCAUCAAGAGCACGUGCACGGUCAGUUUUUUCCUUAUGGAGCACUAGAGAAAUUUGCCCGUCAAUACAGGGAGGCUUAUGACAAGCUUUACCCAAUUUCACCAUCCUCUCCAGAAACACCGCCACCACCACCACCUCCCCCGCCUCCUCCCCCGCCCCUGCCUCCAACUCCUUCACAGCCUUCUUCGGCCAGCUGUGGAAAAAUUCAAAAUACAACUCCCACUCCUUUGCAAGCUCCUCCACCUACCCCACCACCGCCGCCUCCACCUCCGCCACCCCCUCCGCCACCUCCGCCACCAUCUUCAGCUCCACCUCAGGUCCAGCUGCCUGUUUCAUUAGAUCUUCCGCUUUUCCCUCCAAUUAUGAUGCAGCCAGUGCAACAUCCUGCGUUGCCUCCUCAGCUUGCCCUCCAACUACCACCCAUGGAUACUUUGUCUGCAGAUCUUACUCAGCUUUGUCAGCAGCAGCUAGGAUUAGAUCCUAACUUCCUACGACAUUCUCAGUUCAAGCGUCCACGUACAAGAAUCACAGAUGAUCAGUUAAAAAUCUUGCGGGCUUAUUUUGAUAUUAACAAUUCUCCAAGUGAAGAACAGAUUCAAGAAAUGGCUGAGAAAUCUGGCCUUUCCCAAAAAGUUAUCAAACACUGGUUUCGUAAUACACUUUUUAAGGAACGACAAAGAAAUAAAGAUUCCCCAUACAACUUUAGUAAUCCUCCCAUAACUGUCUUGGAAGAUAUCAGAAUUGAUCCUCAACCCACUUCUUUAGAGCAUUACAAAUCUGAUGCAUCUUUCAGCAAGAGAUCAUCUAGAACCAGGUUUACUGACUACCAACUUAGGGUCUUACAAGAUUUUUUUGACACAAAUGCUUAUCCAAAGGAUGAUGAAAUUGAACAACUUUCAACUGUACUUAACCUACCUACUCGAGUUAUUGUUGUAUGGUUCCAAAAUGCACGACAGAAAGCUCGCAAAAGUUAUGAAAAUCAAGCAGAAACUAAAGAUAAUGAAAAAAGGGAACUCACUAAUGAGCGCUAUAUUCGAACUAGCAACAUGCAAUAUCAAUGUAAAAAGUGCAACGUAGUUUUUCCCAGAAUUUUUGAUUUGAUUACACACCAGAAAAAACAGUGUUACAAAGAUGAAGAUGAUGAUGCUCAAGAUGAAAGCCAAACAGAAGAUUCCAUGGAUGCCACAGAUCAAAUGCUAUAUAAAAGUUUCACAGUUUCUGGCCAAACAGACUCAUCAAAAAGUACAACUGCGACAGCAGCAAGCUCUGGUUCUGGUUCUAGUACUCCUUUAUUGCCAUCACCCAGACCGGAGCCUGAGAAGAGUUCUCCUAAACCUGAGGCAACAGAAAAGCCAAAGCAAAAUGACAUCAUCCCUAAGCAAACUGAUACCACCUCACAAGUCACCAAACCCGUACAGUCUGCACCAAUAACUUCCUCUGAUCCACAACCCUCAGUCUCUCAGCCACAACAGCAAAAACAACCACAGAUGGUAGGACGACCUCCUUCUGCAUCACAAACCACACCAGUUCCUUCUAGUCCUAUGUCAAUUUCAAUGACUUCUCUACAGAACAGUCUACCUCCUCAGUUACUACAAUACCAAUGUGACCAGUGUACAGUUGCCUUUCCAACUCUAGAACUUUGGCAAGAGCACCAGCACAUGCAUUUCCUAGCAGCCCAAAACCAAUUUCUUCACUCUCAGUUUUUAGAAAGACCCAUGGAUAUGCCCUAUAUGAUAUUUGACCCCAAUAAUCCUCUGAUGACUGGACAAUUGCUUAAUAGUUCUCUUGCUCAGAUGCCCCAGCAGACAAGCUCAUCACAUACAUCCCACCCUGCUACAGUUUCUGGCUCACUUAAACGAAAACUGGAUGAUAAAGAAGAUAAUAAUUGUAGUGAAAAGGAGGGAGGAAACAGUGGUGAAGACCAACAUCGUGAUAAGCGCUUGAGAACUACCAUUACUCCAGAGCAGCUGGAAAUACUCUAUGAAAAAUACCUAUUAGAUUCUAAUCCUACCAGAAAGAUGCUAGAUCAUAUUGCACGUGAAGUGGGACUUAAAAAGAGAGUAGUACAAGUCUGGUUUCAGAACACACGAGCCCGAGAAAGAAAAGGACAGUUCCGUGCAGUAGGUCCAGCCCAGUCACAUAAAAGAUGUCCUUUUUGUCGAGCACUGUUUAAAGCAAAGUCAGCUUUGGAAAGUCACAUUCGCUCUCGGCACUGGAAUGAAGGAAAACAGGCAGGUUAUAGUUUGCCUCCAAGUCCGUUAAUAUCAACUGAAGAUGGAGGAGAAAGUCCACAAAAAUAUAUAUUUUUUGAUUAUCCGUCACUAUCGUUAACAAAGAUUGAUCUAUCAAGUGAAAAUGAAUUAGCCUCCACAGUGUCAACCCCUGUUAGUAAAACUGCAGAGAUGUCCCCAAAGAAUCUUUUAAGCCCUUCUUCUUUCAAAGCGGAGUGCAGUGAGGAUAUAGAAAAUCUGAAUGCCCCUCCUGCUGACUCUGGGUAUGAUCAAAAUAAGACUGACUUUGAUGAGACUUCAUCAAUUAAUACAGCGAUUAGUGAUGCCACAACAGGAGAUGAGGGAAACAAUGAAAUGGAAAACAUGACUGGUAGUUCAGGGGAUGUGAAACCUGUAUCAUCUCCCAAAGAGCCAAAAACACUUGUGAAUGAUUCUUUUUCAAAAACAGCAACCACACCUACAAUUGAGAAUUGUGAUGAAAAGUUUCUCUUCUCCCUAACUAGCCCAUCGGUACAUUUCAGUGACAAAGAUGGUGAUCAUGACCAAAGUUUUUACAUUACUGAUGAUGCCGACGAUAAUGCCGAUCGCAGUGAAACAUCAAGCAUUGCAGAUCCAAGUUCGCCCAACCCAUUUGGAGCUAACAACCCCUUUAAAUCCAAAAAUAGUGAUCGACCAGGUCACAAACGUUUUCGAACACAAAUGAGUAACCUCCAGCUUAAAGUCCUCAAGGCUUGCUUUAGUGACUAUCGGACUCCAACCAUGCAAGAAUGUGAAAUGCUAGGGAAUGAGAUUGGUUUGCCCAAACGGGUGGUCCAGGUUUGGUUCCAGAAUGCCCGGGCAAAAGAAAAGAAAUUCAAAAUUAACAUAGGGAAGCCAUUCAUGAUAAAUCAGAGUGGACCUGAUGGGACAAAGCCAGAAUGUUCUCUAUGUGGGGUGAAGUAUUCUGCACGUUUAUCUAUAAGAGACCAUAUCUUUUCCAAACAACAUAUUUCAAAAGUGAGAGAAACUGUAGGAAGUCAGCUAGAUCGGGAGAAAGAUUAUUUAGCUCCCACAACUGUUAGACAGCUGAUGGCACAGCAGGAAUUGGAUCGUAUAAAGAAGGCUACAGAUGUACUAGGCUUAACAGUACAGCAGCCAGGCAUGAUGGACAGCAGUUCACUUCAUGGUAUCAGUUUGCCAGCAGCUUACCCAGGACUCCCUGGCCUUCCUCCUGUUCUUCUGCCUGGAAUGAAUGGUCCAUCCUCCUUGCCUGGAUUUCCACAAAGUUCAAACACUUUAACAUCUCCUGGUGCAGGCAUGCUUGGGUUUCCUACUUCAGCUACUUCGUCUCCUACGCUGUCUCUCAGCAGUGCCCCCUCCAAAUCUUUGCUGCAGACUCCACCACCUCCACCACCACCUCCUCCUCCUCCUCCUCCUCCAUCCUCUUUGUCAGGACAGCAGACAGAGCAACAGAACAAAGAAUCUGAGAAAAAAAAUAUUAGUAAUAAACCAAACAAGGUCAAAAAAAUCAAAGAGGAGGAAUUAGAGGCCAACAAACCUGAAAAACAUAUGAAAAAAGAGGAAAAAAUCUCAUCUGCUCUUUCAGUGUUGGGCAAAGUUGUAGGAGAAACGCAUGUGGACCCUACUCAGUUGCAGGCACUUCAAAAUGCAAUUGCUGGUGACCCAGCUUCAUUUAUAGGUGGGCAGUUCUUGCCAUAUUUUAUUCCUGGGUUUGCUUCAUAUUUUACACAUCAGCUCCCUGGAACAGUGCAAGGAGGGUACCUCCCACCAGUAUGUGGUAUGGAGAGCCUUUUCCCCUAUGGGCCAGCGGUGCCUCAAACAAUUGCUGGCUUAUCACCUGGCACACUGUUACAGCAGUAUCAGCAGUAUCAGCAGAACCUUCAGGAUUCUUUGCAAAAGCAACAAAAGCAACAGCAAGAACAGCAACAGAAACAAAUUCAAGCUAAGUCAUCUAAAGCAGAGAAUGACCAACCACAAAACUCCAGUGAUGUUUCUGAACCAAAAGAAGACAGAAGUUCUGCUACUGAAAGCACAAAAGAAGAACCCCAAUUAGAUUCAAAAAGUGCAGACUUUUCAGACACUUACAUUGUUCCAUUUGUCAAGUACGAGUUCAUAUGCAGAAAGUGCCAGAUGAUGUUUACUGAUGAAGAUGCAGCAGUAAAUCAUCAAAAGUCCUUCUGUUACUUCGGUCAGCCUUUGAUUGACCCACAAGAGACAGUGCUUCGUGUCCCAGUCAGCAAAUAUCAGUGUCUUGCCUGUGAUGUGGCUAUCAGUGGAAAUGAAGCACUUAGCCAACACCUCCAGUCAAGCUUGCACAAAGAGAAAACAAUCAAACAAGCAAUGAGAAAUGCCAAAGAGCAUGUUAGAUUAUUACCUCACUCAGUCUGCUCCCCUAAUCCUAACACCACAUCUACCUCGCAGUCUGCAGCUUCUUCUAAUAACACCUAUCCUCAUCUUUCUUGCUUCUCCAUGAAGUCCUGGCCUAAUAUUCUUUUCCAAGCGUCUGCCAGGAAAGCUGCUUCUUCCCCUUCUUCUCCUCCUUCCCUUUCCUUGCCUUCAACGGUUACCUCAAGUUUGUGCAGCACCUCAGGGGUUCAAACCUCACUACCCACAGAAAGUUGUUCAGAUGAGUCUGACAGUGAGUUGAGCCAGAAGCUGGAAGACUUAGAUAAUUCUUUGGAAGUGAAGGCUAAGCCUGCUUCUGGCCUAGAUGGUAAUUUCAAUAGCAUCAGAAUGGAUAUGUUCAGUGUGUAG